GUGCGACGCUGACGUUGACGUUCGCCUCUCGCUCGUCUCAUUCUUAGUCUUUGCCUCAGUCCGUUGGGUUGUGUUGUUUCGUCUCUGUGGCUCGCGGAUUGCGACUUGCGACUUGCGACUCGCGAAUCGCGUGCAACGCGCCAAGUGUCUCGUCUCGUCUUUUGUGGCAGUGACAACAACAACAACAACAUUAUCAAUUCGAUUUCCAAUCAUUAUCAUAAUAAUAAUAAACGGUCACAACGUGAAAUACAACGUGAAAUUAUUGCCAAACCAAACAACAAGAAACGCAACCAUAAAUUCAAUAAUAACAAUAACAACUGAAACAACAAAAUAACGUCCGUAGGAAUAAAAUAAAUAAAGAGAGAGAAACUCAAACUCAACAUGCGUCGCAACAUUAAAUUAAUUGUCUUCGUCAGCGUCAUUUGGAUGUUUGUAAUGGUUUAUUACUUUCAGUCCAGCACUGAAAAGGUGGAAAAUCGAGCGUUGCGACUACGUGAGGUGGCAACAGCGAUGCAACAAUACCAGGACGAUGUAUCGGCUGGAGCAUCAACAGCUCGACAAUGGGCACCAGCUGCCAAUUCGGGCAUACGAGUGUCUGGCGGGGGCAGCGGGGCAGACGAUCCCGGCGGCAAUGUCAUUUUAAUCGGCUCCGUUAAGGAUUUCGAACGCAAUGCGGUCCAUGGCCUCAAGUUGAAUGGCAUUGUCGCUCUCGAGGAAACUUCCCAGGGCAGCAGCACCGGACCCCUCGCCGGACGCCUGGUCAUGGGACCGAGUGCCCGGAGCGGCAGCGAAGUCGAAUAUUUCGAUGAGGCAGGCUACAUACGUGGAGGGGGACUGCGCAGCGGAGAGGAUCCCUAUAUCAGGAAUCGUUUCAAUCAGGAAGCCAGCGAUGCUUUGCCCAGUAAUCGUGAAAUACCCGACACAAGGAAUCCCAUGUGCCGCACGAGAAAGUAUCGCGAGGACCUCCCAGAGACAAGUGUCAUCAUUACCUUCCACAAUGAGGCGAGGUCGACGCUGCUGCGAACCAUUGUCAGUGUCCUUAAUCGCAGCCCUGAGCAUUUAAUACGUGAAAUUGUGCUUGUGGAUGAUUACAGUGACCAUCCUGAGGAUGGUCUUGAGCUGGCGAAGAUCGAUAAGGUGCGGAUCAUUCGCAACGAUAAGCGUGAGGGAUUGGUGAGAUCACGAGUACGUGGAGCAGAUGCGGCUGUGAGCAGCGUGUUGACCUUCCUCGACAGCCACGUGGAGUGCAAUGAGCAGUGGCUGGAGCCAUUGCUGGAAAGGGUGCGAGAGGAUCCCACUCGGGUGGUUUGUCCCGUCAUCGAUGUGAUUAGCAUGGACAACUUUCAGUAUAUUGGCGCCUCGGCGGAUCUGCGUGGUGGCUUUGAUUGGAAUCUGAUCUUCAAGUGGGAAUAUCUUAGUCCAACUGAGCGUGCAGCUCGUCACAAUGAUCCAACCACGGCAAUAAGAACACCAAUGAUUGCCGGAGGUUUGUUUGUCAUUGAUAAGGCCUAUUUCAAUAAACUGGGCAAAUACGACAUGAAAAUGGAUGUAUGGGGCGGCGAGAAUCUGGAGAUAUCGUUCCGAGUCUGGCAAUGUGGUGGCAGUCUCGAAAUCAUACCCUGUAGUCGGGUGGGUCACGUGUUCCGCAAGCGUCAUCCCUACACCUUCCCCGGCGGAAGUGGAAAUGUGUUUGCCAGAAAUACACGAAGAGCCGCCGAAGUUUGGAUGGAUGACUACAAACAGCACUACUACAAUGCGGUUCCCCUGGCCAAGAAUAUUCCAUUUGGCAACAUUGACGAUCGUUUGGCUUUGAAGGAGAAAUUGCACUGCAAACCGUUUAAAUGGUAUCUGGAGAACGUAUAUCCCGAUCUGCAAGCACCCGAGCCACAGGAGGUGGGCCAAUUUAGACAGGAUCAGACCGAAUGCUUGGAUACAAUGGGUCAUUUAAUAGACGGCACUGUGGGUCUCUUCCCCUGUCACAAUACGGGCGGCAAUCAGGAAUGGGCAUUCUCGAAACGCGGCGAAAUCAAGCACGACGAUCUCUGCCUGACUCUGGUGCAGUUCUCACGUGGUUCUCAAGUAGUGCUCAAGUCAUGCGAUGAUACGGAGAAUCAACGCUGGAUUAUGCGAGAUGGUGGCUUAGUGCGGCACCACAAGAUCAACGUUUGCCUGGAUACGAGGGAUCACAACGAGCAGGGAAUAAGUGCACAGCGUUGCAAUUCGGCUUUGUCAACACAGCGCUGGAAUUUCACCAAAUAUGCGUGAGAGAAGUGAACCAAAUAAACGACCAACUAAAUUCAAUUGUUUUUGACACAAAAAAAAAAAGAAAGAACCUACAAGGAGUGCGGAAAAAUGUGGCUUCCAUUGAGGCAUUCUUCUUUGAACUGGAAUUGGAGCUGGCGGUUCGUGAUAUUUGUGAAUGUUUAUAUGUAUGCUACCUACUCGGAUAUUAUAAUGAUGAUUAUGAUGUUG